UCAUCGCUUAUCCGCCUUGGUUACCCAGGACGCUACUCUUGAUGGCUCGUUGGAGUUGUCGCCAAAAGCCCACUGUAAUCUCAUGUGUAGGUGAAAUGCGAAUAUGAUAAAUGCGAUGUGUCUAUACUGGGGAUAUCCCAAACUUAAACGCGCACGGUAACCGUAAGUUUACAGGUUUUUCAUGUGUAGCCUACCUACCGACAUCAAAACAUGACCCGAAGUGGAAUGAAACCUAGCCGAAACAGAGAUGUGCUUUGUUUACAGACAAAUGCGACUAUGCACGUUGUGUUGAAAUUAAGAAAAUAGAUUCUCUAUUGAGAAAUAAGCUAGACUCCCCAUCAUGUGGAAACGGGGGGCUAGCAGAAGCUCCGCACUGGACAGAGCAAUGGCCCAGCUUGCAGCAAAAAGAGGAGCAAAUUCUUCUGGAAGUUCACAAACAAAUGGCAACGUUCCACCUCAAGGCGGCAGCAGUCUGGAUGGAAUGUUGCCUGUUCGGCAGAUUCACUUCCAAGAUUUGAGUGACAUCUCUUCAGAAGACGCUUACAGCGAACAAAGCGGAAUAAAUGACGUUCCUCUGAUCAAAAUAAUUGAAGAUGAGCAGUCAAGUGAAUCCGACGUGGGUGGGGGCUCUAGGUUCCUGAAAAAGCAUCCCAACACAGGCGAUAGACAGUCUUCAGCACCGACUGGGUCAUAUCGUCCGCCCAUGGAGGAGUUUGCAAGGACACCUCAGCCAAGGUCCCAGAGUGCAGCACUCAGUCGACUUGCUCAGCUAGAGGAGCGUUUCAGACACCGCAGUCAGGCUAGCCAAGCAGCACAGCCCAUGAGCCCUCCCAGUCCCCACGAGACCCCGCUGUCUGUACACUCUAGUAAUGACCUCACUAUGAAAGGCACACGUUUUCUAAAGAAAAAAGACAUUUCAUUGGUCCCAGAAAAAAGUAAACAGGACCUCACCAAACAAAUAGCAUCUAAAGCUCCUCUUAACACGAUUGCCAGUAAAGGCAUUGACUUGGACAGUGAUGAAGAGGACAUGAAAAUUCUUCUGGAAGGAGCUCUCAGUUCUCCAGAUGUAAGUCCCAGACCUGCUGAGAAGCCUUUCAUGAAAAGUCCUGCAAAGAUGCCCACCAGACAUAGGACCCCGCUCCCUCCCAGUGAGGCAGCUAGUCCUGUACGGUCCUCCCUAAGGAGCCCAUCCAUAGUGUACUCUCCCUCUCUGUCGCCACCAAACAUCCAGUCAUCUAGUAGGAGGUCCUCCCCAAAAGGCAGGUUUCUUCGACCCUCCCGGUCACCAGUAUCCAUACACGGAGAUAUCAAGUCCCUGGAGGAGCUGUUCACAGACAACGAUGACACCCUCAGCGAGAGAAGUGCAGUGUCUGAUGUGUUCAAGUUGAACGUCCUGACCUUAGAUGACCUGGUUCCUGCUGAGCCUUUAGGACUACUUCUAUCUUCAAAGGAAAAGAUACACCUCGAGCCAGUUGAAGAUGCCAGCGAACGCUCACUGGACGACAUUUUCCCAGACGACAAAAGCUUGAUCGCCGCAGUGGAUUACGAGAGUGACUUUGAAAGUGACAUCAAGUCUGAGUCGACUCACCAGAGCGUCAGUGAGAUUCCAGAGAACUUGACGGACGUAGAGCGCGAAGCAGAGCCUGUCAGGGACCAACACUCUGAACGCAGUCACCUCCACAGUGACUCACACAGGGACACAGACACGCAGUCUGGCAGAUCUGUGGCUAGCAGAUCAGAGAUGGGCAGUAUAAAGUCAUACAAAAGCAAGAGUGAAGAGGACUCCUACUCCAGGUCAUAUUCCUCUUAUUCGCGGUCUGACACACUCACUCCAACCAGGGAGCCUCAUAGAAAUGAUGUGAAAGAGGCUGCGGUUCAGACUGAGAAGAGCAAAUGCCUCAAUUGGCAAUCAGGGCUGGAUGCAUUGGCCUCCACUUAUGUGGAACCCACACCUAUAAUACACUACAUAGUCACUGAGGAGGCUCUUGAAGCCCUAACAUCUCAGAAGCCUGUGGAGACCGCCAUGAAUGACAUGCUGAAGCAGCAAUUGGCUCUGACCAGACAUUUCAUAGAGUCCAGCCGCCACGUGUACAGCUCCCUGGUACAGGCCCUGGAGCCUCCAGACUACAAGUACACAACGCUGGAGGACACCAUCAAGUACAUCCAGAAACACAGACCUCCCACUCUCACCAUGGAGGAGGCUUUGGAGGAAGUGCAUCGCGAGAUGAGAGAAUAUCACUACUUAUAAAAAUCACUGAAUGCCAUGACAAAGCUAUUUUGUGCCAAACAGACAUUUUUCUUAUUAAAUUAUGUAUUUUUUUCUAUA